AUGAGGGGUAGCGUUUAUGCUUUUCUGUUGUUGGCGCAUGCUGUGGCCGCCAUCACUGGACCCAGGAUAGAAAAUGAAUUCGACCGAAGUAGACAACCAGCGCUGGGUCAGUCUAGCUUCAACGAACAUCAGACGAGAUUCGGACCAUCGCCCUCGCUUCAGACCUUCCAAGCCCAACAAGCUGUAUUAAGUAGUCCACCACCGCCGAUUCAGUUCCCUCAACCCAUCUUCCAACAGCAACCUUACGUUCCCCAGUUUAAUAAUUUGCUGCCAUCUCAGAAUCUACCUGUGCAGAACAAUAAUGGCUUCCACUUUAGCCAACCAUCAAAUAUUAAUUCACCAAUAAAUAACUUCCAACAAGUUCCACAACUCAAUCAAAAUAUACCUCAACCAAUCCCAACGCUAGCCACUUUCCAAAAUAACCCGGUUCCUUUAUCACCCCAAACGUUUAACCAAAAUUUGAACAUUGUACAACAGCGACCAACUCAGGCCGCUUUCCGACCAACUCUGACAUCCGUUCCGAACCAAGGUUUUCAUGGACCAAACCCAAUUACAAUACAAGCUGCACCAAACCUAUCACCUCAGAACUUUAACAACGCCCAAAUCCCUUUUCAAUCUUCCCUGAAUCAAUCACCUUUGAUUUCUAACGGACAAGCAGUAACUCAACUGCGGGACUAUUAUGAACAACAGUCAAAAGAAAAUCUUGAAAAAUUAAAAGAGCUUCAGGAAAGGCAGCGUAUCAUUCAGAAACAUCAAGAGUUUGUCCAGAAACAGCAGCAAAAACAGCAAGAAAAGGUUGAGAAGCUACACGAAGAGUUUGUAAGUAAACAGGCAACAAAAUCCAUACCGACCUACACAACAACAGAAAGUUAUGAAGAUUUUUACAAACAAAAUCAAGAGAAACGCAGGCCGCUGCAACCGCAUGAAACAGAUUUGUUUAGAAAGGCCAUUGAACUUUAUGAGAAGGACCACCCAACUACCACCACGACAACGACUACAACUACAACAACAACUCCACGUCCUCGACCUACCACAAGACUACGGACACGACCUCCAACUAGGACGAGAGCCCCUCCACAAGACAGAAAUAAACAAAAACUAUACAAUGAAAUAAAAGACCUGCUCGAAGAGAGCGAUACUAAGGGUUUUGAUGACAACUUGAGAGCUAAGAGUGUUGCCUUACUCCAAAAACCUGAUAUCUUAAAACAGUUGAAAGUAGCGUUAGCUGAAAACCCGGAAGAUUUCAACGAGAAGAAUUUCUCAUCACGUGAAAUAUCUUUGAAUGGACAGAAGUUUGAAGUAAUAAGAACCACCAAUCCUAAUUUAAUACCAAAGGGCGCGAUAGCUGCCGAUAGCCCAGAUUUAGGUAAAUUCAUUCAUGCUUCUCAAGAGCCCCAAAAGGAGAGUCGGUUAUCAUUUGAAGAUUUAACGAAAGGGGUUUUACCUCCUGGCGCUAAUUUUGAACUCAUCAAGCAGUCUGAUAAUGGUAAAUUGGAAGAAGUUUCCAGGAUACCGAAUUCACUUCAAAACAAAAAGAAAGUAACUUUCGUUUUCCUCGAGGAGCAGGAUGAUGGUUCGUACAAAGUGAAAGGCGUUAAAGCUAAUGGUCAACAGACUGAAGAGGGUCCUGAAGUAGAAGAUAUAUUGAACAAAAUAAAGAGAGGAGAAAUACAACUUCCUGGGCCGACCAAAAUUUCAAACAAUGCAUACACAUCAACUACGGCGAGCCCAUCUACUCAAUCGACUGAAUAUAUUGCAGAAUCAUCUUAUCAUCCCUCAAGUUACACUAGUUACGUCACAACAUCUAAUUACGGAACCUCUGGGCAUACUAACCCAAUACAGACAACGCCAUCUCCUACAUAUCCAUCAUACCGCAACUCCGUUGCUUCUUCAACAAAAGUAACUCCUGUAACACAGACCUUCCCUCCGUCAACUCGCGGUACUACAACUGAGGUUCCACAACCUAGAUAUGUAAUCAAAUCGUCUACCCCCACAUAUAAUGUUAACAGAAACAGUUACAGCCCAAGGAAUCCUUUCCACAGCACCACCGUAUCAAAUACUACUCCUGCCUAUACAAGUAGACCUACCCCUCAAGAUAUUGUCGUCAUUGGAUCAUCUAGCACAAUUUCACCGAGCUAUGAAGAAUCUACUCUUAAUUCAAACUACGCUAGAAGUGGGACCCCUGAUCUAAUAGAUAUCCUAAAGGAGAAUGGUCUUUUUGCGACAGCUAAAUACUUGAAGCAGUCUGGAUUAGAUGCAAUAUUGAAUGAAACGGGACCCUACACAAUUUUUGCCCCAACUGACAAAGCUUUCAGGACAUUAUUGGUGCAACUAGGUGGACCAGAUAAAGCUGAAGAGAAGUUCCGCGACAAUCCUAGACUGCUAAGUGGGUUGCUGCUUCAUCACGUUAUCCCCGGUGCAUUCGACGUCGGUUCCCUCCAAGAUGAGAUGACUGGAGUCUCGCUGGCGGGCACGCAGCUUAGAGUCAACCAGUACGACAUGCACGACGUCGAGUGGAAUGAGGUUCGCGUCACUACCAUCAACGGUGCAAGAGUUCUCGAUGACAAGAAGGAUAUAAACAUUCCUCAGGGUAUAGCUCACGCAGUAGACAGGGUAAUGUUCCCGCUACCAGUAGGCGAUAUUGUGCAAACGCUGCAGGCAGAUAGAGACCGACGAUUCACCACCUUCCUCAAGGCGGUCAUCGCAAGUGGCAUGGCCGAUAUACUAUCAGAGAGCAAAACAUACACGGUAUUCGCCCCAACGGACGCGGCGUUCGCCCGUCUCCCGCCCUCUGAACUAUCGCGAUACUCUGAGAAGGCAGCCGCGAAGGCGCUGGUAGCGAAGCACGUGUUGCCGGGAACCUUGUACAGUGCAGGAAUGAGAUACUACCAGCUGCGAAACUCCAUGGAGGACGCUAAACCGUUGACCUUGCAGAAGAGUUCUGGUCGCAUCAAAGUGAACAACGCGCAAGUGGUGACACACAACAUCCCCGCGACCAACGGCGUCAUCCACGCUGUGGACACCCUGCUGUAA